AUGGCGAUGGCGGCGGCGAGGAGAGCCCUCCUGAACCACCUCCGCGUGCCGGUGGCGCGCCCCGCGGUCGCAGCGGGAAGCGUCCCCGUCGCCAGGCUCCUGUCUUCCACCUCGGAGGUGGAGAAGGGCUCGUUCCUCGACAAGGGCGAGGUCGCCGACCGCGUCGUCUCCGUCAUCAAGAACUUCCAGAAGAUCGAGCCCUCCAAGGUGACCCCUAAUGCGCAUUUCCAGAAGGACCUCGGGCUGGACAGCCUGGACACUGUCGAGAUCGUCAUGGCCUUUGAGGAAGAAUUCAGCUUCGAGAUCCCCGACAAUGAGGCAGAGAAGAUCGAUUCCAUCAAGUCGGCAGUCGACUUCAUUGCCUCGCAUCCUCAAGCAAAGUAA